AGCGGUGAAAUGGCAGUUAGGACGAUGUAGUUGUAAUUAAGAUCUCGCGCUCUUUCUCAUGUAUUUCAUUUGUCCAGUUUUAUUUAAUUUUUAUUUUUAUUUAUUAUUUAUUUGUAGCAUUAGAAUACGGAAAGAAAUAGUUGGAGAGGAGGAAGAGAGAAGGGAGAGAAAAAACACAACUUUGAAGGUGGUGGAUGUGGCAGUUCCAGAGAAGGAAAAAAUGGCGUACAGAAGAAGGCAAGGAAUCACAAGAGCCUCAACCUUUAAGGAAGAAAUUCAUUAUCCGUUUAAUGACGUCGUCGAGAAUCAUUCAUCUUCAACCCCGUCGUCUUCUCCGUCUCUUGCUGCUAAAGCCAUCCGAGCAUCCUCUGCUCUUCGUGAAACCUCCUUCUCAUUUGAUCGUCACCGUGAUCGAUCUAAGGAAUUUGAUGCGUACGGAGAUGGGUCACCGGAAAAUGAGUCGACAACUGGGUUUUGGGGUGUUCUGGCUCGUAAAGCCAAAGCCAUACUCGAUGAUGAUGAUCCCGGUUCCCAACAACAUCAUAUCUCACCCAAAAUCACUUCACAAUCCUACAAUACCUCGACUCAACCCCAGUUUCCGCAGCAAUCGGAGCAAUCAGAUGAGAAUAUGAAGAAGGGGGACAAUCGUAAGUUCCGCAAGGGCUUGAAUGCCCUCACGACUUCCCUUAAUCAGCUUGGUGACACAUUUGAGAAGGCAUUUGAGGAAGGUCGAACGAUCGUGGAGAACAAGACGGCAGAUAUUAUUCAAGAAACUCGCAAAUUGCAAAUGAAGCGACAAGGAAACAAUUCCGAGUCACAAUAUCAAGCUCCUUAUGCAAACAAUUCAUGGCAACAACCUCAGCAUCACAUGCAAAUGCAACCAACACAGCCUCAGAAUCAAACCAACCAUGAAACUCAACUCAGGGCAUCUCGCGACGUUGCAAUGGCGACAGCUGCUAAAGCAAAACUAUUACUUCGGGAGCUGAAAACGAUCAAGGCAGAUCUAGCUUUUGCAAAGGAACGAUGUUCUCAACUUGAAGAAGAAAAUAAAAUCCUCCGGGAGAACCGUGAGAAAGGAGACCACCGUGCAGAUGAUGACUUGAUCCGCCUUCAACUGGAGACACUAUUGGCUGAGAAAGCUCGUUUGGCUAAUGAAAAUUCGACAUACGCUCGUGAAAACCGCUUCCUAAGAGAAAUUGUUGAAUACCACCAGUUGACAAUGCAGGACGUUGUGUAUCUGGAUGAGGGCAGCGAAGAAGUUACAGAAGUUUACCCAAUUGCCGGUUCCUCUGGAGUGUCAAAAAUGCUUUCCAUAUCCCCCAGAUCAUCUACAUCAGACUCAUUAGUUCCUGAGGAAGAUUCCCCCACUGAGGAUCCUCAAGAGACUAAGGAGAUCUUUCCCCUUAACAAACAGAGUAAAGAAGCGCAGGAUGUUUUAGGAGACAAUGAGCCACCAACUUCAGACUUGUUAGUUCCGGUGAAAGAAGAACCUACUAAGAGGCCAUCUGAAUCUUCUAACUGAAUGGUGUUUCCGUUUUGAUUUUCAUCCCAAGUUUGUGCAGCAUUGGUUGAUUAUGAUUUUUUAUUUUUUGUUUUAUUUUCCCUGCAUUUGGGGAGGGUAGGAAUGGUUUUGCCGUCAGUUAUUUUAUGUGUGUAACAAUUCUUUUUCAUGGUUUGUUUAGUCUGGUUCAGUGUACGAUGAAUCUGAAGCAUAUAUUUGUCAGUGCUUUCCUUGUUCAUGAGUUCAUAGUACUUGUACGUUGAAGAGUUUGCAAUUUUAUAGAAAGAAAUCAGAGUAAGAACUUUGAGUAGAUUACUCUUGAA